AUUCGAAUUUGACGAGGAACAGGUGUCACAUUAGAGAACUAAAAGUGGAGAACACCUGUGAUGAGUGGAGGGAGAAAAUAAGAGUGAAAGAAGAAAAAGAUAUUGCAUGGAAGAUGGUGUCUUGAUCAAAACUGUUUAUUUAUCACGUUUGGUUCUUGCUACAGAACCUCAAGAAAUUACUCCUUUUAGGUCCAUGGGACUUGAAAAAAAGAAAAAAGAAAUUAUUGCGCGAGCUACGUUUGUAGUUCUUCUGUCAAAGAUUUCUUUAUGUUUUACUAUAAACGGGAUCGGACAGCAUAUAGUGAGCGAGAGAUGAAGUUAUUUUCGAUUUUUAUCACUUGCUUUUCCUGUGAUGACACGUACAGCUUUACGAAAUUAGGUGUUACAACCAGUUCCAGAUUCCACAGCAAGGGGAGAGAGAGAGAGGAAAAAACCAGCUUGGCGCUAUAAUAACGAAAAUGUUUUCGGAGCACAAAUGGAGGACAGGGCUCAUGCAGCAUGCUUGUGACCUCGCCAACAUCCUCAAGGCCUUCAUCGGCUCCAACUUCUUGUCCAUUCCUUUCGGCUUCAGCCACUGUGGCUUGCUGCUGGGUGUGGUGGGCAUGGUCUGCAUCGCCGUGCUCACGGCUCACUGCUGUCUCCUUCUGGUCACCUGCAAGCACAAGUUGUUACAUCACAUCAUAGCUGCACAAGAGCAGCACCACACGAGUGACACGACCCCGACACCACGCCAGACACCACGCCAAACCAGCAAACCGCGCUUCCUCAAAACGAAAGUUGCAAGACUGACGCCGCGCACGUGACAAACGGCGGUCACCCUCUACUGG